GCUCUCCCAGCUACUUAUGUAUAUUCAUGCAGUGAUGGAGUACGUGCUUUCUCUCCGAUCAAAAAUGGUUUUCAUUGUGUAGGGAUUCGUCAAGUUUACGCAUGCACACACCACACGGGCACAAGUGCGGCAGGUGCUCGGCGGGAUGUGGCAACGAUAAGUAACCUAUUAACGGUGAAAUCAAAACAAGUGAUGAAUUGUCUGUUUGUUAAUCUGCUGAAACAAUUGUCAUAUCAAAGCUCACCGCACCACGGUGACGGAUUUUCAUUAUGCUGUGCUCCAAUGGUUUUUGGAGGUUCCUCUGAUACAGAAUAUGCCUCUGUAAUUGCAAAAGAAUAUGACCGAUGUCAACGAAUUGAAUUGUCGACAGGGUUUGAAUAUUAGGAUUGAAUAGAACGACGAAAUUAAUAUGAUGGAGUUUUUAAAUGCCUCAGUGGAUAUACCAACUGACAAUUUGUAUCUGGCAUUGAUCCAGUGCUUUGCAAUUAUACUAUGCGGGUACAUCGCUGGGAGAUUGGAAAUAAUCACGAGAGCAGAGGCGAACGGUCUCAACACCUUUGUCGGCACAUUCGCACUGCCCUCGCUAAUAUUCUCAUCACUAGCAAGACUCGACUUCUCAGUAGUAAACUGGAAUUUUCUGUUGGCAGUAAUGAUUGCCAAAGGAUGCGUGUUCUUUGUAGUUCUCCUCGUGUCUCUCAUGAUAACGAAGCCCACGAAUCCUGGACGUGCAGCAUUGUUCGCUAUCUUUACAACCCAGAGUAAUGACUUCGCCAUUGGCUACCCUAUGAUCGAAGCACUCUACAGCCAGACACAUCCAGAAUACUCAGCAUAUCUCUACCUGAUGGCUCCCAUAUCUCUGGCUAUUCUCAAUCCAAUCGGUUUCGUAUUAUUGGAGAUUGGCAAACAAAGGACUGCAAGUGAUCAACAGUCAGGGUGGACUCUGGUGGGUUCAGUGAUGAAAGGAGUGGCCCUCAACCCCAUCCUCUUCAUGACGGUUCUGGGGAUCAUCGGAAAUUUCGUCUUCAGUCACUCUGUCCCGACCAUUCUAUCAGUAAUCCUCAAAGUAUUCGGUAAUGCAUUCUCAGCCAGUGCUCUAUUCCUCCUUGGUCUCAUGAUGGUGGGGAAAGUCCAUACGUUGAAAGGAGCUGCACUAGUUAUCCCGGGAAUCCUCAUCCUGGUGAAACUCCUUGCACUUCCACUCGUCAUUCGAGAAUCAGUGAUUCUGCUGAGUGCUGGGACAAACGAGACAGACACCCGGGAUCUCAGCACUUAUGGAUUUCUUUAUGGAACAAUUCCCACAGCACCAGCUCUCUUUAUCUUCACCCUUCGUUACAAAAUGGAAAUUGAUUUAAUCGCAUCAGCCAUGGUCGCCUGCACAUUCAUGUCUGCUCCCCUGAUGUUUGUUUCAGCAAAGGUCAUUACUGCGAUCAAUAACGGGGUCUCUCCUGAUAAUUAUGCUAAACAGUUGAAUGCAUUCUCCAUGGACAUAUCUGUAGCUUCUGCUGUGGCAUGUGUCUGGUUGAUCAUUUGUUUUUUCGUUCUCGAAGGGAAGAAAUACAAACGUCCCACACAUCGAUGCACCAUCUGCAUUAUCGUGGCUCAGUUUACGGUGGCCAUUGGCGUCAUCAUCUGGACGAAGCUGGACGUUGGAAGCACUGGCUCUCCUUUGUGGUACCUCCAGUGUGCAUUCAUCACUGGGGGGGUGUAUGCCAGUCGAUUGCUCACCGCAACAAUGGCAGCAACUUUGUUAUUUCUGACUUCCAAGUCAGUGGCUUUCGUUCGAGAUCUCCAGAAGUGGAUCCUCCCAGCUGCUCUUGGAAUACCUCUCAUCCUCGUGACACUCAUGUGCGCCAUUGUAACCCCAAGAAAUCCUGCUGAACCUGAUUUGCGGAACCCAAAUUUCCAACUGGGGACCGUCGAGGGAGCUGUUUCAAUAUUUAUUUUAUUGUUCAGUUUUAUUGUAACUAUUGGGUGCUUGGUACUUCAUCAGAGGUAUCAGAGGCGUCAUCACACUGAAGCUUAUGCCAGCCUCAUAGGCAAUGGUGAAAAUGCCGAGUCAACGACGAUUGACACGAGGAACAUUGUGGACGUCGAGGAUCUUAUCACUCCCAUUUCGCCAGUACCAACCCCUACCAAUCCCUGUGGACUGGACAAUAACUGCGCUUUCCAGAGGGGUUUGUGUGCUGCUGCCACAGGGGCACUAGAUGAAUACGAAGGGGACUCUGAUAAUGAAAGGGAAACGUCGAGGAAUCAAGCGGACGAUCCGCAGAUACUUCGUCAUGUAGUUUUCAUUAUUUUCCUUCUUUGUUCGAUGUUCAUCGGACUGGUUUUAUCCGUUGGGACGAUGAUCAUGGAGCAGAUGACGGGGGUUUAUGCGGAGUUGGCGUUUCUGGAUGUGGCUUUCAAUUUCGGACAGCCACUCAUCGCUUUCGGGAUUUUCGGGCUUGAUCCCAGUCUGGGAAGGCUGGGCGAGUGGCUGAAGAAAGCUUGUCACGAGUGGAAAGCUAGGCAGAAGCUACAACUACCUGAUGAAGCAUCACUCAGCCCAGAAGCGAGGAUGAUUCGAGAGGAGUUCAGCCAGUGCCAUCUUCGAGAGUGUCGCGAUAGAAUCUCCAUGUGUCGCAGGCGACUACUCACGGUUUAUGAGGGAGUCUUCUCUGGGACUGAUUUAGUUAAUUGGUUGUUGGAGGCUGAUGUGGCUCAUAGUCGGGAGGAGGCUGUGCGGUAUGGAAGGUGUCUUCUUGAGAGCCGGGUACUGCAUCAUGUCGAUGGUACCCAUCAUUUUCAUGAUAAAAAUAUUUUGUAUACUUUCCGGGGGUAGACGAUUAUUUUCUAUGGCUCUUGGGGAAAGGGGGAGGGGAAGUAUUCAUUUGUGGAAAAGAGAUAUUCUGAAAUGAAGAAUAGGAUUUUUUUAUGAAUGCAAAAGAGAGUGAGGUGGAAUGAAUGGUCUUUUCAUUUUCAAAGGAUUUUCUUUUUCAACUUUUAAUGAGACUUGAUUUGUUUUACUCCACUCUCUUUUAUUCUUGGUUGAAGAGUGAUAAAUUCUUGAAUUAAGAAUACUCUUUUUUAAAUUAAUCCUGCUUCAGUAUUGUGAUUUCAUUAUUGAAUUAUUACGUAUCAUUCUUGUAAUCCAAAGAUUGUACGAGUAUUAACGACUGUUAGCGACAUAUUCGAUGAUGGAGUCAAACAUCGAUGUGAAGAGUACUGAGGUUUUUUUUUUUUUUUUGAAUAUAAUUUUCUCUGUGACGCAGUAACUCUGCAGGCCAAUUUUGCUGCGUCUGUACUGCACAUUAGCGAAUAAUUCAACGCACCGAUCAUAGUUAAUUAUUUUAUACUGAAUGAACAAUCGAUUGUUUGAGAAGGGAGGAAUGAACAAAGGCUGUAUCGUGUUGUGAACAAUAUCAGCGGCUCUCAGAUUCAGAUAAACCAAUAUUUUAAAGAAUUUUUUCACGUCAUUCAUUAUCUUGCUUCUUCUAUGUCGUGAUAAUUAAGAUAAUUUCUGGUGAUAAGUGUGAUAAAGAGAAGAAAUGCUAUGAACUUUAAUUAGCAUCAUUAGUAUUGAACUCUAAAAGUCUAUUUUUUAGAAGGAGAAUAAGAUUUGAAUUGCGGGAAAGUCUCGUUUAUUGCACUGCGCGAAUGAAAUUGUAGCGCAGUGCAUUUGCCAAAGAAAGGAUCAAUAAAUACACGACAGUUGAAUA